AUUCCAAACCAUAUCAUCAUAUGUUUCAUAACAUUCAUUUCUUUGUUUGACAGGUGAAAGAAUCUGGUGACUGAAAGGAAGAAGCAAUAUAAUGUCGUACAAGGUGGAUCAUGAAUAUGAUUACUUAAUCAAGAUUGUAUUGAUUGGUGAUUCCGGCGUCGGGAAAUCCAAUAUUCUAUCCAGAUUUACCCGAAAUGAAUUCUGUCUCGAAUCGAAAUCCACCAUUGGUGUUGAGUUUGCUACAAGAACCCUCCAGGUGGAGGGAAAGACAGUGAAAGCACAAAUAUGGGACACAGCGGGUCAAGAGAGAUAUAGAGCCAUAACAAGUGCUUACUAUAGAGGAGCGGUAGGGGCAUUGUUGGUUUACGAUAUAACAAAGAAGCAAACCUUUGACAAUGUUGAACGGUGGCUCCGUGAGCUCCGAGAUCACGCCGACUCCAACAUUGUCAUCAUGUUGGCGGGGAACAAGACCGACCUGAAUCACCUCAGGGCUGUGCCAGAACAGGAGGCAAGACUCUUGGCAGAGAAAGAAGGGUUGUCGUUCCUCGAGACCUCGGCAUUGGAAGCACUGAAUGUGGAGAAAGCAUUUCAGACAAUUUUGUUGGAUAUAUAUCAGAUCAUUAGCAGGAAAGCAUUGGCUGCUCAAGAGGCUGGUUCGGUUCCUGGUCAAGGCACCGCCAUUAAUGUUGGGGACUACAAUGCCAAUACCAACAACAAAAGACCUUGUUGUUCUGGUUA